UAUCGGUGUAAAGUUGCAGUGGUUUAACCAGACAGAGGCAGCUAAUUGACUUGUUGAACAAGGGAAGUUAGGUAGAAAAAAUGCAUUAGUUGGAACAAUACUUUCCGAUCUGUGUUUCUGUUUCACGCGUCACUUGUCUACACGGUUCCUCUGAGCUCACUUCUCGAAAACUUCCUGGAUUACUCGACACACACUCCGAAACCUCCGCACACCCUGUGGCACUAGUCUUCCAGUUAGUCUCGUCGACAUAUUUGCAUUUUUCCCCGUUUCCAUAACAUGCUCGUUUUAGCCACUGUGUUAUGAGUCUUGCUGAGCCGCUGUGUGUGUGUGUCGUACAGCUGCUUUAUCGUGCUUUUACCUGCUAACGAGGGAUGGCCACCGCGCCACAGUCUUCCCUUCACAUGAGCUCGGCCGAUCUCAUUAAAAAAGAGGCCCUGGACUACGGAGGCUUUGGGGAAGUGUACCUGUGCUACCAUGUGACCCUCGGCCAGGUGGUGUUAAAGACUAUGUAUACAGGACCGAUCAGCACCGUGAAGAGUCAAAAGUCACUGCUGGAUGAGGGGAACAUCAUGGCAAGCCUGAACCAUGAACGGGUGGUCAAGUUGUUGGGUGUGAUCAUGGAAGAUAGAGACUGCUCGCUAGUUAUGGAGCUCAUCCCCAGAGGCAACCUGUCGGUCAUGCUAGAAUCGGUCACCGUCCCUGUAUCCAUCAAGGGCAGAAUCAUCUUAGAGCUUUUGGAAGGGAUGGUGUACCUCACAGAGAAACAAGUCAUACACAAGGACAUCAAGCCAGGAAACAUUUUAGUGGACAAGGAUUUCCACAUCAAGAUUGCAGACCUUGGCCUGGCCACCUGUCUGACAUGGAGCAAACUCACAAAGGAAGAGUCUCGCCGGAGGAGUCGUAUGGGGCGAUCAGCAGAGGUGAGAGGUGCCGGCACACUGAGCUACAUGGCCCCUGAGCACCUGGAGAGCGUACACACAGCCUCCACUGAGAAGUCUGACGUCUACAGCUUUGCUAUUGUGGUUUGGUUCAUCCUCACAGGGGAGGAGCCGUAUGCAAAUGCAAGGAGUGAAGAACAAAUCAGCCAGUGUGUCCGAAACGGUGACCGACCGGCAGUGAACCUUAUACCAGAGGGCACGCCUGUAGAGAUGAUUCAGCUUACGAAGAGGUGCUGGGAUCACAAUCCGCUGCAACGGCCAACAUUUAAAGAGGGAUACGACUUCUUCCUUCCUUUCUACACGGAAAAGCUUGAACCACACGUACAGGAGGAUUUACAUGAAUUGAGGAAAUUAUAUGAAGGCCCCGAGGAACUUGUUGAGAAGAUGAAAUCUUUAUCAAUGACCCAGGAUUAUUUAUCUGCAGACUGCCCUGCUCCUUUGGUGAGUUCAGACAGAAGUGUACCUGGGCCAGUUGAAGCCAGUAUUGAGGACCUGCGUGACAUCCAAAAUGAGCCGCCCGUGGAGUCGGAUGCAAAGACAAUCGGAAGCCCUUCAGCUCUGGAGGAGAAACUGGGUCGAGAGUUUCAGUACCACAAAAACGGUAGCUAUUUAUGUGAGAAUCAGCUGGACGUUGCCCCCUUCUACCAUCGCAGCAACUCAAAUCCCUUCCUGCAAAACCACGUCAGAUCUUCAGACCAAGCGAUCAGGCAACCAGAACCUGAGAGACCCUCCUAUGCAUCCUCUGUCCAUUCCUGGACAAAAGCUGAGCCGGUGCAGCCCAGCAGCCAGGAAGAGGCUUGGUAUCGCCCCACUGCGGGUCUCUAUGAGUCCAUGAACUCUUCCACACCGUGUCCAUCCAACUUGCCAACGUCCGCCAGCAGUCCUUCUCUGUCACUGUUUAACCAGCAACAUCCACUUUCCCACUAUGACCGCCAGCAGUCCUGGCCAGUUUACCCAGUGUCUGAUACAUCUGCUCCUGACCUGAGUUCUGGGCGUCUCCUGACCCCAUCCAAGGGCGGCUCACAACAAGAUCCAGCAUCUCUUUUCAUACGUAAUGCCAGCGGCAUCCAGAUUGGGAGCAACAACACAAUGAAUAUCAGAGGUUGCGAUUCCUUCAGCACUUUAGCGUCUAUGCCGUCUACCCCGUCAGCUUCCUCUCUCAUCAAAGAAGGCGUCAUGAAAUAUGAGGAACAUCCUGUGACCGAGGAGCACCUGGAUCUGCUGAGGGAAAACAUCGGAGCCAAAUGGAAGCGUUGCGCGCGGCGACUGAAUCUGACCACUGUUGAAAUAGAGACCAUUGAGCACGACUGUGACCGUUACGGCCUGCCAGAGAUGGUGCACCAGAUGCUGGAUCGCUGGAAAAUGAAGGAGGGAAGCCUUGGCUGCACAAUUGGGAAGCUUUAUCCUGCUCUGGAGGGAACCAUAGAGGUAGAUGUCAUCCAGAAAAUUUUGGACACCUGCGGUUCUUCCUCCUAGGUCUGAUAAACUUUCAACCGCAUUCCCUCUAACUGACUUUCUACCUAUGGUGGUUGCAUUACAAAACAAUUUUGGUCUUAUGUGCUGCAGGUUUGAAAUAUUGUCUUGAAAUACAAAUGAGUUGAAUGUUGUUGCUCAAAGUAUUGAAAAUGGCAACUUGAAAUCUCAGCUCAACCCAGCUUUAUCUUUACAGAUAAAAUGUCAUUGUUACUCAUCUUCAAAACCACUUGCUGUCAACUGUUUCACUUUCUGGGGCUCACUCAUUUAGAUACUAUGAUCACAGGACUCGACUUUUAUUGUCACAGUGCGUUUUCAAAUUACUGCAUGACUCUUUCUACCAAACGUACCUGACGAACAUGAUCAGGGUUCAGGUUUUUCUUAUUAUGGAAUUUCAAAAUCAUUGUUUAUUUUCUAAUUUACAUAAAAAUGUAUUAUGGCCUUGCCUUUUCUUAUUCAUUUGGCAGAUGAAAUGUUGAAGUUAACGAUUCAAUGCCAGAAUUAUUAAAAAUGGUCAUAUUUUCAAUAGAAACAUAGGCAAGAAUGUUUUUAAGAAGCUGUUGUGUUGUGGAUAAGCCAUUGAGAUUGCGCUUGGUUAUUGAAGCUUUUAAUAAAUAAUGGACUCAUCUUGGGGGAUAAUCAAACGGUGCGUGGUAAACAUUUAUUCCAGCCAAAAACAUAAAGACUCACAAAAUCACAGAACAGGUAAGGUCCGUGAGGCUGUAAGAAGCCUGAAACUUAAGGAGUCAUUUAUUCCAUUAAUACAUGUGAAUUAUGUUGUCAUAUGUGGACCUGCUUUAAAUUAUGUGCUCCCAUAUUCCCAAAUUACAGUAAAGGUGUGUGAAUUACUAAUGAGCUACCUGCAUGAGUGCCCAGGAUUUACUGUAAUGAUAUCAGAUUGUCUAUAAACUGUUUAGCUGCUGUGCUGCACUUCUACAGUGUCAAGCAUUUUGGAUUACAGGAUACUUCUCUCCCCAUCCAAAGAUUAGAUUGUCUCAGAGAUGUGUUCAUGCCUUGUUCUGUUUCAUUACAUAAUUGAUUGUAAUUUGCCUUUGUGUACUGGGUCUUACUGUCUCAAUGCAGGUCUCCCUACACAGUAGCUUUCCCCAAAUCUGCAUCUGUUUUAAAGCCAUUUUGAUAUUCUGAAUAAACUGUGUACAUACGUUUCUAAAAUUCCAAAGUAAGUGUAUUUUUAUAGAUUGCACUACACAGCUUGAGCCGGUAUCCUUUCUAGUUCAGUAUGAACUUCAGAUGUGAUUUGUUAUCACGGGCAACUAGAUAAUGGAUAUCAAUAUAAUGAAAACAUCUACACGGCUGUCACAUCUAAACUUCUGAGAUAGGUUGUUGACUAUAUCCAGACUGUCGCUGUAUGACAAUUCCAGACUGCACCCUAAAAUGUAGCUUGGUUGAGAAUGAUGUCGAA